CCCUCAAAAAUCGGGGUCCCCCCGGCUCAGGGCUCCGCACCGCGGGAGCCGCCCCGGCGCGCCGGGGGCGGCGGGAGCGGAGCGGGGCGGGCCCGGGAGCGUUCCCGGUGCUCCAUGGAAAAGGCCCGGCCCGGCUGGAAACCGGGCUAAGCAGGGAACGGCAGCCGGAUUCCUUCGGCCGGCGGGAAGUUGACGCACCGGCCUAAGAAUAGCUCGGGCAGGGGGAGCGCGGCCGGGGCUGCCGCCGGAGUGCAGCUGCUGAUGAAAUCGCAGCCGGGAGCGUCGGAGUCUUUGGAUCUUCCCAUGCCCGGGACCUUUGACUCAUAAAAGGCUCCCGCAAGAAGCGUCGGGAGCAGGGGAGGGAAGGAAGAGGAGCCGGGGGAGCUGCUGGAAGGAGCGGAGCCCGUCCCGGAGCCGGGGGGAGCUGCGGGGGCACGGAGAAAGUCGCUGCAUGUGGAGUUCUCGGACAAGAUGCUCUCUCUGAAGAAAUACUUCACGGAAGGCCUGAUCCAGUUCACCAUCCUGCUCAGCCUCGUCGGCGUGCGCGUGGACGUGGACACCUACCUGAAUUCCCAGCUCCCUCCCCUGCGGGAGAUCAUCCUGGGCCAGAGCUCGGCCUACACCCAGACCCAGUUCCACAACCUGCGCAACACCUUGGACGGAUAUGGCAUCCACCCAAAGAGCGUCGAGCUGGACUAUUACUUCACCGCCCGCCGCCUGCUCAGCCAGGUGAGGGCUCUGGACAGGUUCCAGGUGCCCAGCACCGAGGUCAGUGCCUGGCUGGUGCACCGGGAUCCCGAGGGAUCCGUGUCCGGAGGGCAGCCCGGGGCCGGCGGCGGGCUGCAGGAUGGCGGCGCCGGCGACGGCGGCGUGAGGGAGAGCGGAGCCGAGCAGGGAUUCGGGGAGGAGCUGGAGGAUCUGGGAGCCGUGGCAGCGCCUGGCAAUGGGGAUCUCACCAAGGAGGACAUCGAUUUGAUUGACAUCCUGUGGAGACAGGAUAUUGAUCUCGGCGCUGGGCGAGAGAUUUUUGACUACAGCCACCGUCAGAAAGAGAGCGAAGUGGACAAAGAGCUGAGCGAUGGGAGGGAGCGCGGGGACAGCUGGAGGAGUGCAGGGAAUGAGGUCUUGGAUAGAAUCCCGCUAGUUGAUGGAGAGACCGGGGAGAGUUUCCCUGCGCAGGUGCCCGGAGCGGAGGAUCAGACAGCCCUGUCCCUGGAGGAGUGCCUUAGGCUGCUGGAGGCCACCUUCCCCUUCGGGGACAAUUCCGAGUUCCCAGCUGCGGAUGUCCCCGCCCUGAGCGAAGCCGUGCCCGGGCAGAGCCGGGCCCCGGGCGGCCCCCCCAGCCUGCUGUCCCCUCUGCUGGCCGAGACCGAGUCGCCCUUCGACCUGGAGCAGCAGUGGCAGGACCUGAUGUCCAUCAUGGAGAUGCAGGCCAUGGAGGUGAACGGCACGAGCGCCGAGAGCCUCUACGGCGGCGGCGGCGGCGGCGGCGGCGACCUCCUGGCGUCCAACUACAGCCUGGCCCCCGGCACGCCCAUCAACCAGAACGUCAGCCUGCAUCAGGCCUCGCUGGGCGGCUGCUCCCAGGACUUCUCCCUCUUCAGCUCGGACAUGGAGAGCCCCUCCAUGGCGGGCGGCUCGGCCCUGCUGCAGCUGACGCCCGACAACUCCACCGGCCUCAACAGCACCUUCGGCUCCACCAACCUGAGCGGGAUCUUCUUCCCGCCCCAGAUGAACAGCACGGGUAACGAGACGGCCGGGCCCGAGCUGCCCGACCCCCUGGGAGGGCUGCUGGACGAGGCCAUGCUGGAUGAGAUCAGCCUGAUGGACUUGGCCAUCGAGGAGGGCUUCAACCCCGUGCAGGCCUCGCAGCUGGAAGAGGAGUUCGAUUCCGACUCGGGUCUUUCCCUGGAUUCCGGCCACAGCCCCGCGUCCCUGAGCAGCUCCGAAGCCUCGUCCUCGUCGUCCUCUUCCUCUUCGUCCUCUUCCUCCUCCUCGUUUUCCGAGGAAGGCGCCGUGGGCUACAGCUCGGACUCGGAGAACGUGGACUUUGAGGAAGCGGAAGGGGCGGUUGGCUACCAGCCAGAGUACAGCAAGUUCUGCCGCAUGAGCUACCAGGACCCGGCGCAGCUCCAUUACCUGCCUUACCUGGAGCACGUCGGCCACAACCACACCUACAACAUGGCCCCGGGCGCCCUGGACCCCGAGGAGCCCAAAGCGCCCGGCGCCGGCAAGAAGAGCGGCAAGGAGAAACCGUCCGAGCUGCUGGACAAGCAGCUGAGCCGCGACGAGCACCGCGCCAGGGCCAUGAAGAUCCCCUUCACCAACGACAAGAUCAUCAACCUGCCCGUGGAGGAGUUCAACGAGCUCCUGUCCAAGUACCAGCUGAGCGAGGCCCAGCUCAGCCUCAUCCGCGACAUCCGCCGGCGCGGCAAGAACAAGAUGGCCGCCCAGAACUGCCGCAAGAGGAAACUGGACACCAUCCUCAACCUGGAGCGCGACGUGGAGGAGCUGCAGCGCGACAAGUCCAAACUGCUCAGGGAGAAGGUGGAGUUCCUCAAAUCCAUCCGGCAGAUGAAGCAGAAGGUGCAGAGCCUGUACCAGGAGGUGUUCGGGCGGCUGCGGGACGAGCAGGGCCGGCCCUACUCGCCCAGCCGGUACGCGCUGCAGUACGGCAGCGACGGCAGCGUGCUGCUGAUCCCGCGCGCGCCCGCGCCCGCCGAGCCGCAGCCGCGGCGCCAGGAGCGCAAGCAGAAGGACAGGAGGAAGUGAAGGGCGGCGGCGGAAGGGAGAGCUGGGACGAGGGCCGAGCCUGGAAGUGCUUGCGGAGGGAACUUUGAUGCCUUCUUAUCCGAUUCUGUCUUCUCCAAGCGCACGCGGCGCCGGCGGCGCGCGCCGGGGACUCUGCGGGAGCGGCCGUCCCGGAAUAAAAGGGGGUGGGGGGACGGAGCCCACCCCAAGCCCAGCUGCCACCGGCCACCCCCGGGGCGCUGGGAGAGCAGGGACGAGCUGGCAUCGCUGCUGGGGAGGUUGGCACGAGGUGGAUAAAGCGUUAAAAAAAAAAAACCACAAAAAACAAAAAAAAAAAAAAAAAAAAAAAAAAAAAUUCCCACAAAAAAAAAAAAACAAACUACUGUUAGGAACUGGCUUUAAGUAAGAGAAAAAAAAAACAAAAACAAGAAAAAAAAAGAGAUUUAAGCGAAUGGACUUCAAACCAAGUUAUAGGAGAGACGUUUUUCUGAACUUCCAAAGUUCUGUGAUUUCAGGUAGUUGGUUGUUUUUAAUUUGUUUUUCCUUUUUUUUUUUUUUAAUUCUUUUUUGGUUUUUUUUGUUUUUUCCUUUUUCCUUUUCCCGACCCCGUUUCUGCCAUCGGUGUGUGUGAGAUAUUCCAGAUUUCUCCUUCCUCGAUGGGAGAUCAGACCAGGGCACACGUGGAGAGACACAGAAGUGGCGUGACUUCCAUUAACCCCUUCCAGCCCGAGGAAGAGCAGAGCCAGGGGGUGACUCCCAUUAACCCUUUCCUGCCUGGGGAGAGGGCAAAAAUCCAUCCUGGGAGAAAGGAGGACGAGGGGGGAUCCACGCAGAGCUUUGGGAUGGGGAAGGGAGGGAGGAGCGGGGCUGGAGGAGCAGCAGGAUCCCUUCCUGAGCACUCAGCCCCCGCCUGCUUCUCCUGGGAAGGAAUUUUGGGUCAGGAACAGCACAAGGGGAGCGCUGGGACCCCGAUCCCAACCUCAGCCCCGGCCUUGGGGUGUCACCUCGAGCUGCAGGUCCCCGUCCCGUAACCACGCUUGGGUUUUUGGGGGGGUUCCAGCCUUGAAUUUUUAUUUUUUUUUUUUCCUCCCCCCUUUUAGGGUCUAGAAGUGCUUGUGUUGAGUAAAAAACAAAGAAAGAAAGAAAGAAAAAAAAAACCCUAAAAAAAAAUUACAAAAAAAAAAAAGCAAAAAAAGCCAAAAAAAAAAAAAAAAAUAGGGAGAAGCCCAAACGUUCAAAGCUGCUCAAUGUUCUCUUUGCCAUAAAGACUCCGUGUAACCGUGUGAUCACAUUAUAGGAUUCUCUUCUGUCCCUAGAGGUGUUGGUCUGACUUCCUUUGUUUUUCAGGAGGGGGGUGGGGGUAGUGCCUUGAUCACGGUCAGGUCUCCACACCUCGGAGACCAUCCUAGAGCUGUAUUUCCAUAUAGCACAGCUGGGAGUGUUCUGACUUUACCAGCAACCGGAAAAAAAAACAAAAAAAACAAAAAAAAAACCAAAUAAAAACCAAAAUAGAAAUGAAAAAAAAAAUAGAAAUAAUAAUAAUUAAAAAAAAAAAAAAAAGCUUAAAAAAAAUAAAUAAAAUGAAAUAACGGCUUUUCCGAGCCAGUCCUGUGCAUGGGAUCCAAGGAGGAUUCCAGGGUGGUCCUUCCACCUGGAAAAGCAGCAGGGAAGGCCCGCUGGCAAGAUGUGUGUGGGUUUGUGGGAAUGUUUUCCAGGUUUUUUUGGGAAUGCUUGGAGCUGGGAUUGGCCGGGUGGGACCCUCGAGCCCCCUCCGGCUUCCCGGGAAUGAAGCACAAGUUGGGAUGUGGGGAGGUUGGAAUGGAGAGAGAGCCCUGUGCGUGUGGUUUAAAUUAUUUUUUUUUUGUUUGUUUCCUCUUAGAAACUUUUUUUGAUUUGAAUGAUCUGUGACCUGUCAGGGAGAGAAGAGAGAUUGUUGUGAGCACAGGACAAAAAAAAAAAAAAUAAAAACGGCUUAUUCACUGUA